AGAGAGUUGCUCAGUGUGUGCGAUCAAUAGCUGCUCCUCUUUCUGUGGAAUAAAUUGUGACUGCUGUACGUCAUCGAUUCAUUCAUAAAAACCAGACACCGGCAUGUAUGCUUCCAGCAUCUGUAAUACUAAAUAAAGAGGAUCAUGGACCAGUCAGAAAAGAAUGGGAUUAUACAGCUCGAUCAGGAGUUAAACUUGAAAUCUUAUGAAGAUUCCGAAAUAGCUCCAGGUAAAAGAGGGACUUUUGGGUGUUCUUCUUCUAUCCAACUAUUGGAAUGCAGAAUUGAUAAGGGCAGGUGGGCCUCAUUGCUGAUAUGCUGACACUUCUACUGAAUCUCUGUACAUCCUGCUGACAACGUACCUUUGCUACUAUGAUCUGGUCAGAGAUAGUUUUCCACUUUUAUCUUUAUACACUGAAAUACAGUACAUCUCAGCACUUGUGAUAAUGGGCUGUGACCAUACAGUUGACAACCAGCUUUCUGAAGAAAAGAUCUCUAUGGUGUUUUAGUGAUGAACUCUUCAUUGCCUCCACGUAUACUGGAACUUUAUAUAAGCAGCUUGGAUGGUAACAAUACAGUGCCAACAACCAAAUCCAAAUUGUCAUCAUGUGAUCAAGUGGUAAUAGCUGCCGAGGUAUUUUUAACCCUUGGGAUUGUAAGUCUUCUUGAAAACAUCCUGGUCAUCUCUGCUAUUAUUAAGAACAAGAACCUGCAUUCGCCCAUGUACUUCUUUGUAUGUAGCUUAGCAGUAGCUGACAUGUUAGUUAGUGUGUCUAAUGCAUGGGAGACAAUUGCUAUCAAUCUUAUCAACAAUAAACAUCUAGUCAUGGAAGAUGCCUUCGUACGUCAUAUUGACAAUGUUUUCGAUUCCAUGAUCUGUAUUUCAGUGGUUGCUUCUAUGUGCAGUUUACUUGCCAUAGCAGUAGAUAGGUAUAUUACUAUUUUCUAUGCUUUACGGUACCAUAACAUCAUGACUGUGAAGAGGGCUGGAGCCAUCAUUGCUUGUAUUUGGACAUUCUGUACAGGGUGUGGAAUUAUCUUUAUUCUCUACUAUGAAUCAACUUAUGUCAUUAUAUGUCUUAUUACUAUGUUUUUCACUAUGCUUUUCUUAAUGGUAUCUUUAUACAUUCAUAUGUUCUUGUUGGCGCGCACUCAUGUAAAGAGGAUAGCUGCUUUACCAGGGUAUAAUUCUGUCCACCAGAGAACAAGUAUGAAAGGCGCCAUCACCCUAACCAUAUUGAUAGGUAUAUUUAUUGUAUGCUGGGCUCCAUUCUUUCUCCACCUCAUUCUCAUGAUUUCCUGUCCACAGAACCUUUACUGUGUCUGUUUUAUGUCUCAUUUCAACAUGUACCUUAUUCUGAUAAUGUGCAAUUCUGUCAUUGAUCCUCUGAUAUAUGCUUUCCGCAGUCAGGAAAUGCGUAAGACAUUCAAGGAAAUCAUUUGCUGCUGUAAUUUGCGAAUCUCCUGUGAACUGCCUAGUAAAUAUUAAUAAAAUACUUGAUAAUGUCAUAUUGGUCCAUUUGUUUAGUUUCUGUCUCCUGAUUUUAAAGAUAUAUUUAUGGCAGGUCUGUAUUUUAUACACAUAAGUACAGAAUUGGUUACUCAAUAGGGAAGGCAUAAAGGCUAUGGACACCUUUUAAAAAAAUGUUUUUUUAUUAUUUUCUUUUUCCUGAAUGCAAAAUUAAGUAACUUUCUAAACAGUCUUUAUCAGUAAAGCUGAUAAUCAACAAUAGGAUAAACACAUCAGACAGACUUUCUGCUUGCGAGGAAUUUCCUUUGCAAUUUCAGUAAGGGGAAC